CUGAGGUUUCGCCACAGCCCCCGCUGGGUCCUUUUUCUUGAUUUUAUUUCCCCCAUUCGAUUCUGUAAUCUUUUCUUAUUCUUUCCUCUUCUUUUUUUUUCGCUUACUUUCCUUUUUAUUGCCAUUUGGCGAUUCCAGCAACUAGAUUCAGAAUCCAUUUGUCUCGCUGUCGUUUGAUUGAUCCAUUGCUAUAGUCGGCAGGCACUGACUAUGAACACAUACUAUGAAGAAGCAGCGGUCGCAAGUGAAGAGUACGAAGAUCCUCAUUGUCACGGUUGUCUCGAACCCAUUGAAGACGGCUCCGUUCUUCAGUUUGGCGACGGCAUUUGGCAUUUCGAAUGUUUUCGUUGUGCAAAGUGUAAAUCACUUGUUGAGUGCUACAGCAAACUUUUGUUACUAAGAGACGGUAGUCCGAUAUGCGAAGAUUGUUCCUAUCGAUGCAACGCUUGCAACGAAACCAUCAGGGAUGAAGCUAUCAUGACAGGCGAGGAAGCGUAUCACGCAGAUUGUUUUCGAUGUGUCCAGUGCCAAACCAAGAUAGAAAACCUGGUUUUCACACAAACGAGUAAGGGUAUUUUUUGUACAGCAUGCCAUGAAAUGCGCAGGCAACUGCGACAAAGACGAAAAGAGGAACGGCAGCAUCAUCACCGAGAUUCUGCCAAAGAUGGACAGUCCGAAGAUCAUAUGAGCCCUGACGAGACCAACCUCAAUCACGGUCAUCUCAGCCGAAAUGCGUCAUUAACGUCACCGCAAAGGACAAAAGAACGCAAACGAUCGGUUUCUAGAAGACCUAUCGAGAUGGUUCGCGACCCCUCAGCCAUUUCUAUUUUAAAUGCCUAUUCGGAUCCCGCUAAUGAAGACAACAAAUCCAUUCUCAGCAGCGUUGAAGUGGCAGAGUUGAAUGAUAUGCUCAAUGCAGCAUUGGACCUUCAUGGUCAGGAUGACACUACUGGGAACUCGGGUGACCGUGAAGCCAACAGCCAUCCCACAUCAGAUAUGGUCUUGACGCACAAUGCCGAUCAGAUAACCAGCAAAGAUAAUCGCGACCAAAACAACGUGUCACCCAAUGCCUCCGACGCGGAAGUAAGGGAGGAGCUUCAAACGACAAAGACCCGUUUGAAGGAAAUCGAAGGCAAAUUUAACCGAAUCAAAGCCAUUAGUCGAAAGGCAUUGGACGAGUUCCACGUGGUCAAAGAAGGUUACGCGCAAGAAGUAGUUGCUCGACGCGAAGCUGAAAAUCUCGUGAAACAGUUGAAAAACGAAUUAGCCUUCUACCAACAAAUAAAACUGUUUGGCGGCAACGAGUUUGUGACCAACAUCAAAGAAGAGAUCAACGCAUUGAACAAAACCAAAGCACAGUUGGCGGAGACUUGCGAAACACUCCGGAUUCAACGAGACGAUAUUACCAAGGAGUUGGAUACGUUGUUGCAGGGCCGCGCGUCCAGUGACUCUCACUCACAGAUGCCAUGGGAAAAAGUGCCUCCUCCCUACCAACAGCAACUCGUGUCGAUUCGCAAGGAUGUCGAACUCGAAAAAUCCAGUUACAGCAAACUUAUCAAGGCACGCGACGAUAUUAUCAACGAAAUGAUUAUGCUCAACACGAAAAACGCGCAAUUGACGUCUUUGAACAAUGACCUAUCGCGUCGAGUGAUGGAACGUGAACGUGAAGCGAUUGCGGUGAUGGCAGGAACUAGCUUUCUCGGCACUUCAGCGCAAGACGAAUUGGGAGCGGAUCGCGUGGCGCGACACCGGCGCACACCUUCUGCCAGUCAUUCGGCGGCAGCUUCCCCAGAGAAAAAACACGCCGAGAUUGCUCAUCAUACACCCAAAGUCGCUCAACGGGACAGUUUUAAUGGAGCUGAAGCACCACGGUUAUUUAAAUUUCGACGAACCAAAGAAGCCAAAGCCGCCAAACAUGCCAAAGACCACGAGGCUCUCAUAGGCUUACCAUAUGAUAGCACGGAAAAGGGAUCGGAUGUCAGCAACGAAGCGACGGUUACCAAAAAAGAGAAAUCUUCAUUUGAGGAAGUCUUUUAUAAUCGAGCCAACGGCAAUCAUCACUUCACCCAGACGAAGUUUUUGCGUCCUCAAAAAUGCGAAGCAUGCGGCGAAAAAAUGUGGCGCGUGAGUGAAUACAAAUGUUACGAGUGCGGAAUAGUUUGUCAUAUCAAAUGCGUCUAUAAUGCGCCUCCGCAAUGCGGGAGAAAAACUAGUUCAGACUCGAACAAGAGUGAAGUCGAUAAAUUACCGUCGUCCACCAUGUUUGGCAACGAUUUGGCAAAGCAAGUACAGUCUGAAAAGGGCACCAUACCACUUAUUGUACAGACAUGCAUUGAAGCCGUGGAAACCCGAGGAAUGGAUUACGAAGGCAUAUAUCGCAAGUCGGGCGGUGCCGGACAAAUGCGUAUCAUUCAACAAGCGUUCGAACAAGGCAACAUUCCCGAUCUGUGCGAUGAACAAGAAUUCAAUGAUGUCUGCGCCAUCACCAGUAUCCUAAAACAGUACUUCCGCGAUCUUCCUAAUCCCCUUUUUACACAUGAAUUACACGCCAAAUUUAUGGAGGCUACCAUGAUGUCUGACACCACCGAACAAUAUCAUCAAUUUCAACGUGCCAUCCAUUCGUUGCCGGCCGAGAAUUAUGAUACGUUAAAGUAUCUUAUGCAGCAUCUCGAUAAUGUCCGUCAACAUAGCAAAGACAACCUGAUGACUUCGAAAAAUAUUGCCGUCGUCUUUGGGCCGACGCUCAUGCGUCAUGAAGAUGAACAUCUCGAUAUCCUGGACAUGAAUCGUAAAAUUGGCGCCAUUGAAUUCAUUAUCAACCAUCUGUUACUAUUUGACAAACCGGCGGCUCCUCAAGUGAUACAGAGUAAUCAUUCUUCCCCCUUACCUGUGCGGCAGAAUUCACUCGGCAUAUCGGCGAGAAAACAACAUCGACGAGAAGCGUCCAGUGACCAAAUACUUCGGAACGGUUUCGCAGCUCCACCAAGGGAACGUGCAGGCUACAUCUAGUUUACCCAAUGUCUGAUACUGCUUUAUAUAUUUUUUCUCAUCAUCUCGCUGGUUCGAGAUCUUAUAGCAUAUCGAUAAUCAUAUAUUUUUUACACAAUGCAACCGUCAUCCUGGCAAUCUCUUGAAAUUCAACACCGACACCCCAAGGAGACGACACAAAGAUUUAUAGAGCAUUUCGGAUACGGGAUGCAUCAUGACAAUAAAAUAAACAGUGCAUCUGUUCGUCUCGGUUGUUAUCGU